AUGGCUGACAGAGAUGAAGAGGUGGCAGAGUUGACGUCUAGAUGUGCGGAUCUGCAACUAUUGGAAGGAGAGGACGCUGAAGCGGAAUAUGAGGAAUCGGCCAUUGACGACCCGUUGAUUGAUCUACGUUGGUGCUUAGUGGGGCGGUUCUUGGUGGAUAAUCCAGUCGACUUUGAAGCCAUGCGAAACAUGAUGGCUCUACUCUGGAAGCCAGGGAAGGGAAGCCCGUGGACGUUCAAUAAAGUUCCACUAAUAUUUGCAAGACUGAAGCCAGGAGACAUACCAAGGGAGGUCCAUCUUCAUACGUUGGACAUGUGGGUCCAAGUUCAUGACUUGCAUCUGGAGUUCAUGUCGGAAAGGAUUGUUCGAGACCUUGGAAAUUUCAUUGGUACGUUCGUCAAAAGUGAUGAAAACAACUUCAUAGGGGUCUGGCGGGAGAACCUUCGAAUACGGGUUACUGUCGAUAUUGAUGUCCCUCUCAAGAGAAGGAAGAAACUGAAGAAGAAAGCGGGGGUUGAAUGCUGGGAAAAUUUCAAUUAUGAAUUUGUUCCUAUGUUCUGUUUUAUAUGUGGUAUCAUAGGCCACUCUGAGAGGUAUUGUCCGAAAAUCUUUGAACAACCAGCCGACACCAUUGUCAAGCACUAUGGAUUGUUCAUGAAGGCGGCUCCGAAACGUAUCAAAUAUGCGGCUGGAGCAAAGUGGUUGGUAGCGGGGUUGGUUUCGCAGAUUCAUCUGGAUGAGCAGGGGCGAUCAGGGGCAGGGAUCAACAGUGUAGGCACUCAUGGUAGGGGUGGCAGAGAGAUCAGAAAUCCCGAGCAGGUAGGCGGUAUGUCAGGGAUACGCAUUCAUGAUGGAGGCAGUAAUGCAGCAUUGAAUGGGAAUCACAAGGGAAAGAAUAUUGUACCAGAUACGGGUAAUGAAGGAAUCUUCCAAGAGGAGAAUGAGGUGCUCUUGGAAGCAAAACGAAGGAGAACUGAAAUAGCUAGCCACGUGGAGAGCAGCGAGAUGAGGAAGACAAGUGAUGUUGAGAUGGGCAUUGGGGUUGAAAGUGAGAAGGAUCAUAUAGACUCAUCCGAUAUCAAUGGGUCAACUGGUGACAAUGAAAACAGACAGGAGGAUGCAGUAUCAAAAAACGGAUAUGGUGCGGAUCGGUUAGAAGCUGUGGCUAGGCAAUUACAAUUUGAGGGGUGUUUUGUGGUGGAUGCAGUGGGCAGGGGAGGUGGUCUAGCUUUGUUAUGGAAGAACAUGGAUGAGAUUGUAGUUCGAGGUUAUUCGCAUAAUCACAUUGAUGUUGAGGUUAGCAUAGGCGGUCUGGAGACAUGGAGGUUGACAGGAUUGUAUGGUGAGCCAAAUAGGGCUCUUCGUAGAAAUACCUGGAAUCUAAUGCGUCGGUUGAAGGAUGAAUCCCUGUUGCCUUGGUGUUUGAUUGGCGAUUUUAACAAUGUUAUUAGUCAGUUGGAUAAGCUUGGGGGUAAUCCGUAUCCUGCAGGGUUGAUUGAGGGGUUUGCUAGGGCAGUUGAGGAAUGUGGGUUGCAUGAUUUGGAUCUUUCUGGGCAUCCUUACACAUGGGAAAGGGGAAAAGGUUCGUCAAACUGGAUACAGGCUAAACUUGACAGGGCAAUGGUUUGUGCAAGCUGGAUGCAUAGGUUCCAUUCAGCUCGUUUAUUCAACUUGGAGGGGGCUACGUCGGAUCAUAGUCCUCUAUUUCUUGACCCGCUUUACAGAGACAUUUCUUAUCGCUUUUCUGCGUUUCGCUUUGAGAACGCUUGGCUCAGAGAGCCGAGCUGUGUGGAUAUCGUAAAAGGAACCUGGGAUUCGCCUGAUUUGGUUUCGUUUCAAGAAAAAAUGGAUGCCUACAAGCGAGCCCUUAGAAGCUGGGGUCAUACCAUCACGGGGAACUUUCGGAAUCGUAUUCAUCUUUGCAAGCUCACUAUGAAGCGAUUCAGGAAUCGAAACGAUGCUCAGUCGGUGGCUGCUUUCCUAGAUGCAAAGCGUAAUCUCGGUGAAAUACUCCAUCAAAAGGAGGUUUAUUGGCGACAGCGGUCUAAGCAACUGUGGCUCAAAGGAAGGGAUAUGAAUAGUAAAUUUUUUCAUGCCUCGGCAAGUGCUCGUAGAAAGAAUAACCAAAUACACAGGCUUCAAGGGAAGGAUGGCAGGUGGAAAGAGUGGGGAGAUGGUUUAGCUGAGAUUAUGUUUGACUACUACAAAAGGAUUUUUGCAUCAGAGAACACAGAAGUUGAGGAAAUUUUAGCAGGCAUUCCUCAUACUGUCACGCAGGAGCAUAAUUUGAAUUUGGUGCGGCCAGUGGAGGAUUCUGAAGUUAAAGAUACUUUAUUUCAGAUGCACCCGGACAAAGCGUCGGGACCGGAUGGCAUGACAGCAGCUUUUUAUCAGAAAUGUUGGCCUGUGGUUGGGCCAGACGUGAUCCAGGUGGUUCGAAAUUAUUUCAGUGAUAGCUUACUGCCUAGAGGGAUUAAUGAGACCAAUUUGGUUCUUAUUCCCAAGAAAAAAGAUCCAGUGACUAUGGGGGAUUUGCGUCCCAUAGCUCUUUGUAACGUCUUGAUGAAGAUCAUUACCAAAGUGCUAGCUAAUCGAUUGAAAGGUCUUCUAGGGACUGUAGUCUCCGACCACCAAAGUGCGUUUAUCCCGGGUAGAUUGAUCACUGACAAUGUUAUGAUCUCCUUUGAGAUUCUUCAUUACUUGAGAAGGAAACAGCAAGGCACUAGGGGGUAUAUGGCCUUGAAGCUCGAUAUGAGCAAGGCAUAUGACAGGCUGGAAUGGGAGUUUUUACAGAGGAUAAUGAUACAUAUGGGUUUUUCAGACCGGUGGGUUCAAUUGAUUAUGGACUGUGUGCGUUCGGUGACUUAUAAGAUUGUUCAUGGUGGAGAAAUGCAUGGCCCUAUCAUUCCGACACGUGGGAUCAGGCAGGGUGAUCCUUUAUCACCGUAUUUAUUCAUUAUUGGGGCAGAGGGGCUAUCGGGUCUCAUCAGAAAAGCAGAGGAGAAAAAAUGGUUACAUGGAUGCAAGGUGGCACGUGAGGCUCCUAUGGUCUCUCAUCUUCUUUUUGCUGACGACAGCUAUCUUUUUUGUAAAGCAAAUGUCAGGGAGGCUAGCAUAGUUAUGGAUUUAUUGGCCACUUUCGAGAGAGCUUCGGGGCAAAGGAUUAAUCUCCAGAAAUCUUCAGUUUUCUUUAGUAAAAAUACAGAGCAGCAGGAGAGAGCAGAUGUGCUUGGGGUCCUUAAUAUGAUGGAAGCUAAUGAGUAUACUCAGUAUUUGGGUUUGCCGAAUAUAGUAGGGAGACAAAAGAGUGCUGUGUUUGGGUUUCUAAAGGAAAGAGUCAAAAAACUGAUUCAAAGCUGGCACAGUAAAUUACUUUCAAGAGCAGGUAAAGAGAUUCUUAUCAAAUCGGUUGCUCAAUCCUUGCCGUCCUAUGCCAUGAGCGUAUUUUUAUUACCAGAUGGUGUUUGUAAGGAUAUGGAGAGGUUUAUGAGCCAGUUCUGGUGGCAAACAUCGGCUUCAGCAAGAAGAGGGAUUCACUGGAAGAAUUGGGGCAAACUCACUCUUCACAAAAACAAAGGUGGCCUUGGGUUUCGAAAAUUGAAGGAGUUUAAUCUGGCCAUGUUAGGUAAGCAGGGAUGGAGGCUCCUCACAAAUCCUAACUCUCUGGUGGGACGAAUUUUUUCAGCUCGAUAUUACCCAAGGGGAUCGUUUUUGGAGGCUGGUUUGGGGUCUAACCCUAGUUUCAUCUGGCGGAGUGUUCUGGCGGCUCAAGAUUUGGUUCGGCGAGGGGUUCGUUGGAGGGUUGGAUCGGGGAGGGAUAUUCCCAUCUUGAAUCAACCUUGGCUUCCUAACCCGAAUGACCCUUUUGUCCAUUCGGUUCACCCAGGUCUUCAGAAUAAUUAUGUCUCCAGCUUAAUGAAAAAUAACAGGAAAGAAUGGGAUGAAGAAAUGUUGGAGGAUCUCUUUAAUGAUAGGGACAGGACUCUUAUUCGGAGCAUACCUCUGAGUGAAUUUGAAGACAGAGAUGUGUGGUAUUGGGUGAAAGAACAGUAUGGGGUUUACUCAGUUAAAAGUGCAUACCACUUUCUUGAAGAGCUCAAUGGUCAAUGGGAGAUGAAUGACAGCCUUAGUUUUUGGGGUAAAUUUUGGAAGUUAAAAAUUCCCCCAAAAAUUAAGAAUUUCAUGUGGAGGGCUCUUAGUCAUUGCUUACCCACUGCUCACAAUCUGAAAAUGAGAUUUGUGCCUGUAGAUAACAUUUGUACUCUUUGUCGUGGAGGCCCUGAAACCACUUUCCACUACCUAGUGGAGUGUCCGUUUGCUAAACAAUGUCUGUCGAAGGUGGUGGCUGGCUUCUCGCAGAGGGGAUUUCUAACCUUCAAUAGCUGGUUUGCAGAUAUUUGUACUCAACACACCGCCGAUAUGAUUGGCAAAAUUUCAGCUGUUUGUUGGGCAAUCUGGAAAGCCCGAAAUGACCGAGUUUGGAAGGCCAAAGAAGCUAGGAUAGAAAGGGUGGUGUUUCAGGCAAUUACUUAUCUUGAUAGCUGGAUGGUUGCUCAAUCGAAUGGAGGGGAUUUUCAUCAGGAGGCUCGGGAGUCUUCUGUCUCUGUUGAGCGUUGGACCAAACCAAGAUAA